CGCGUGGAGACCAUGGCGUUCCUGUGCAGUAUGUGACGGGGAUAACGGGAAAUAUAACUCCGGCAGCGGGUUAUUGUCACAUUAUUCCGAGGAACGGAUUGGAUUUAAAUAAAGAAUAAAAUGGGCUCUCGUAUCAAGGAGAGCCCUGGGUCACCCUUUGAGGUGUACAUGGAGGUGAUGCAUUCUGGGACGGCUGGCUCUGGACCAGAGGUACGAAGGAGUUUCCCCGACACAUACACUGACCAGGAAACACUACAGACUAUCCCAAGGUUUUGUUUCCCUUUCAAUAUGGACAGUAUGGCAGUGGGCCAGGUGGGGCAGAACUUCACAUUUGUCCUGACGGAUAUCGAGAGCAAACAGCGCUUCGGAUUCUGCCGGCUGUCAUCGGGAGCUCACAGCUGCCACUGCAUCCUCGGCUACCUGCCCUGGUUUGAGGUGUUUUACAAGCUGCUGAAUAUCCUGGCAGACUAUACAACCAAAGGACAGGACAGUCAAUGGAGAGAGUUGUUAGAGUCUCUACACACGUUAAACAUCCCUGACCCUGGAGUGCCUGUGCAUUUGAGUGUGCAUUUGUUUUUCACAGUGCCUGAUCCUAGGGAAUUACCCAGUAUACCUGAAAAUAGAAAUCUGACAGAGUAUUUCGUAGCAGUGGAUGUGAAUAACAUGCUGCAUCUGUACGCUAGCUUGCUGUACGAAAGACGAAUCCUCAUUAGCUGCAGCAAGCUGAGCACUUUAACCGCAUGUGUUCAUGGUGCGGCAGCCAUGUUGUAUCCCAUGUACUGGCAGCAUGUUUACAUUCCAGUCCUGCCACAGCACUUAAUAGACUACUGCUGCGCUCCGAUGCCAUACCUCAUCGGAGUGCAUUCCAGUCUUAUGGAGAAGGUGCGAGGUAUGGCUUUAGAUGAUGUGGUACUUCUCAAUGUAGACACAAACACUCUUGAAACGCCGUUUGAUGACCUGCAAAGCCUUCCUAAUGAUGUGGUUUCAUCUUUAAAGAACCGCCUAAGAAAAGUUUCCUCGACGACAGGAGAUGGAGUGGCCAGAGCGUUUCUGAAGGCGCAGGCAGCACUGUUUGGCAGUUACAGGAACGCGCUACACAUUGAACCGGAGGAGCCAAUCACCUUCAGUGAGGAAACGUUCAUGACACACCGAUCCAGCACAAUGAGACAGUUUCUACAGAACGCUAUACAGCUACAGUUCUUUAAACAGUUUAUAGACGGGCGUUUGGAGCUGUUGAACUCUGGUGAAGGGUUCAGCGAUCAGUUUGAGGAGGAGAUCAAUAUGGGAGAAUAUGCUGGCAGUGAUAAGACAUAUCAUCAGUGGCUUUUCACAGUGAAGAAGGGCAGUGGGGCCAUCUUAAACACAAUGAAGACAAAGGCAAAUCCUGCGAUGAAGACAGUUUACAAAUUUGCCAAAGACCAUGCCAAGAUGGGCAUCAAAGAAGUAAAGAGUAGACUCAAACAAAAGGAGCUUACAGAGAAUGGUUACACAGAAGAGAUUGGCUCCACCCACCUACCCUCCACACACAGCAAAGACUCCCUAACCUGGGACCAAGGACGUCCAAUCACAGUUCACUUUGGACAGACUGAGCAGUCACGUUCCCCACGGCCCCCUCGGCCACAACGUCCCCCUCCCCCCCAUCCCUCCAAACUACAGAGCAGCACACGACCUGCUCGACCUCCUCGGCCUCUGGUGCCAAAGAGACCACGAAGUAACAUUGGCAUCGAAGGAAGCCCUGAACAUUACGUGCGUCCAACCCGUCACUAUACAGUGUUUCUGUGUGAGGAUUCUUCGGGUGAUGAGCUGUCUCAGGAUGACGACUCCAUUGCUGCUUUUCCUGAACACUUCCUGCUUUCUGCUCCUUUUGAAUGGCCCCAGCCAUACAGGUCUCUGAAAGAGGCACAGCUUGUGGAAGAAGGUGAGGAGGUUGGGGAGCGCUUCCAAGGUAACACUGCUCCGUCCAGCCCUGUGCUAGACAAGUUCUCUGACCUGAGCCUGUUGCAGGAUGCCUUCCGUAGUCAGCAGGGGGAGCAAGAAUGUACAGAAACCACAAAUACCACAAAACCGUCUCACAGCACACACUCUACACUCAGUUCCGCCAGAAGUUUGGAGGAGCUUCGAGCAGACCCACAACAUGCCAACUUCAGCUACCAGCGGAUGGAUCUUACUUCUAGUGAGCGCACACACACACUCCCUGGUCUUAAAAGCACCAAUCCAUACAGCAAGCUCUGGAGCCAAAGAAAAGACCUGUCCACGUUGCUUGGCCAAGAGUCACCUUCCUGGGAGAGACCUCUCUCCGUGCCACCCUUGGAACCCCCAGAGGCACCGCCACCCAGCAGAGAGAGUUCAAAUCUCAGUGGAGAGAAGACCGAAGGGGCUUGUAUCACAAUCCCUCGUCCCCAAGGUCGAAAAACACCUGAACCGGGUGCAGUUCUGGCACCCGCUGUGACCCUGCUGCGCGGGGUUAAACAGGCCAGCGAAAAGGAGGGAGGAGUGUCCACUGGAGGGCAAGAGUUUCGGCAAGCACUGAACAUGUCUCCUCACUCCCAAUCACAAACUCAGGCGGACUUAUUGAAGCCCAGUGAGCCGAACGAGGGACAGGACUUGCUCAGCUUGUUGGACCCUCUGUGCGGAGCAACGAAGAAUGAGGCCACCCCAUCCCUCUCUAAACCCCCUAUACCUCCUCGACCCAACCCCCCAAACCUGCCCGCCUUCCCCCCUCCAGUAUCACUGAACCCCUUUACCCAACCACCCCAGUACCAGCCACAAAGGCACUAUAGUCAUGUUGUCCCAGGUAACCCUUUUGUCCCAGCCUGCAUGCCUCCCCCAGGUGCCAACUACUUUCCCACUUCUGCCCACCCGUUCUCUGUAUUCGGUCAGACAUCUGCUGUGGGUGUGGCCCCAACUGGAGGGGCGUGGCCAGUUGGACGCCUUCCUCCAUCCUCCAGCAGUAGCGGCUCUCUUUCAACCCUCUUGGACUCACCUGCUCCUACUACUCUGGCCCAGCCUGCGCAAGUCUCUACAGACGAAUCCAGUGACCCAUUCAGUGACCUUCUUACUAUGGCAACCACACCAACUGUAAUGACCACGCCCCCCAAAAAGAAGGUAGAGGAUUUGCGAAGAAGGUGGGAAACCUUUGACUAGCUGUGCUCACAUCUUUCCUCUAUGGCUGCUACCAAACAGUGAGGGACUGCAAAUUUAGAGCCAGUGGGUAUUUAAGAUUGUGCCCCUUAGUGGCCUAAAAGCACUGUUGGACAUUUUCCCUCUCAGAGUGUGUCGUGCUUUUUUUUGCGCCUAGCUCACACACUUAGCCUUAUGCACGCAGAUGCUAAUGAUGCAUUUCCCAUAGCAUCCGGAUGAACAGUGUUGUUCCAAUAGCAGCAAGUUUAACACUGAAAAACCAUAUUAGCAGGAUAACACUGUAUUUUCUGUAGCUAGCAGUCUAGUUUCCACAGGGAUCAGACUACAAUACUAAAGAUACCACACAGUAAUAUGACCCAAGUCCUACAUUAGCGAUUAGACUGCCAUUGCUGCGUUUAUGGCGGCAAUUGCACGUCCUCUUAACAAUCAGUACUGUUUUAAUAAGAAGCUUGUUUUUUAAACCUACACACAUUAAUGAAUUCAAACCGUUACACCCUAACAUUCAAUUCUUGUGCGAACUUCUACAAACGAUUGUUAAAUUGGCAUUUAUAAUGCACCUGAAUACAAAUAUUUGCUAAUCCCUAGUAGAUGGCAUACUACACAUCCCACACUACUUGCUACAUGACACAAGGGCAAACUACAUUCUGGACUCUAUAAUGCAAAUUGCAUAUAACGUUGUGAUUGCGGUACCUGCUGUGUACUUCAUAUUUGCACUACAUUACAUACAGCAUACAAUGAUGCAUACUGCACUACAUAUCGUGCCCUAGUAGAAGCUAUAUGCUACUCACUGCUUAGAGCAUAGAGUGUGAUAAAGUGCAGCAGAAUGGUAGUGCUCAGAACGGGUCGGAGUAAACAGCCCUGUAUAACACAACACUGCCCCCUAGAGGUCUGAAGUCAGAGGACAAAAAUGCAGUAUGCAUUUGAUGCAUUCAUUUUUUUUUUAGGUUAAAUACAUGGUGAACGCCCUCACUGGUACCGGCUUUACCUCUAGUUCUGCUUGCCUGUGUGUCAGUCCAAAAGUAUUAAAAUGGGUCUUAUGGAACAGGGUUCUGUUUGGUUUCAAAAUAGUUUAGUUUGGAUACUAAUUGUCCACUUGCUUUGAUUUGAUGUUAAAGUUCUUGUUUUAUUCUGAGCAUCACAUGAUAGACUUACAGCUUUCAUAAAGCGAUCAGUCACCACCCUUCUUUUUAGCACUACCCUUUCCAUCUAACCUGCUACUGCCAUGCACUCUGCAUUAUGAUUAUUUAUUCUAAUAGAGCCUUUUUGCGCUUUUUAAAUAUACAUACUGCUAUAAAGUGUGUUCAAAUGAAUCCUAACGCUAACAACUGGUUUUCUUGUCAUAGACUGUGCCUGUUUUCUGGGUUUAGUUCAGCACUAUACACAACCUGUGUUGGAGGAUCUUUGUUUCAUGCCAUGUUUUGCUAUAUUUUUGUCUGAGACUUGCAAGUAGGAGAACACUGUUUGUGCAAAUCUUGACAUGGAAAAGAAUUGUGUACAACCAAACGCUCAAAUCCAAAAGAAACAUGUUUUUGUCAGGGAACAUCAGGGAGUGAACUGGUGUCUCUUCUCUGGUUUUAUUGCUGUAUUUAAAGAUAUGAAAUAAUGUUAUUUGUGUUAUUAAAGUGUUCUCGAACAUCUCUAUCCACCCUGUAGAGCUGUUAGAAGAUCACGUUUUCUGUUAGUUUAUCUGUUUAUAUCACCUUUCGAAUUUGGCCUUAAAUGAGAGUGUGUGUGUGCAUGUUGUGUGUGUAAAUUCAGAGCUGUUUGUGGUGAGAGGUUUGUUGUGUAUUCCUAGUCGUACUGCAUGGGUUGUUCCGGUGUUUUGGUUCAUAUAUUGUCUUAAUGUUAAAAAUAUGAUUUUUACAUUUCACAUCAGCGGUUAGGUUGAAAUGUGAUUGGUGAAACACUGUCCUUGGUCAGUAAUCUAUACUGAAUGUUUAAAACAAAAUUUCAGUGGCAAUGGAAGCCAAUACACCAUCACAGAAUACACUGAGCGGCAUUGCACUGGAUUGCAGUGAGCUUCUACUAGGGAGACUUUAAUAAUGUUUGACAAACACAAAACUUAAAAUGAAUUACAGCAAGAUGU